AUGGCUUCAUCCGGCAAUCACUCGGAGCAGAAAUGCCAACGCCUGGCGGAGGAGGCCGAAGAGUCAUCUUCCACCUCGGAAACACCCCCCAAAAUUCCAAAGUUGAACCUUCCCGAAUGUCUGGGAAAACAUCUACAAACUACCCUUCGCAACUCGACAGGUUUUUCGAAUGGGUUUUCCAUCGUGAUGGAUAAUACAUAUAGCUACAAGAUCGGCACACAUGACUUCGAACCGGAAGACGUUUUCCACGAGAUUGUGACUUUUACAGACCAACUUGCUUCGUGGCUGAAAGAGCAUACAGACCCUGAGCAUAAAGCGGAACUUGAAGAGUGCAUACUCAACCGUCUUAUUGCCAUGGUAUUUGGAUCAAAUUUGAUUGAGCGCGCUGGCAGCACUGCCACCAUCACCCAUAAACUCUGUUCAGCAGUGUUUCGCGGUGGGGAGAUACCCCAAGACCGAGACGAAGCAAAGGAUUUCUUGGAGCUGAAAGAUGCUCUUUUACGCAAGAAUCUCCCAGCAGACACCAAAGCCAUCUUACGCAGCUGUCGCGAAAUCAUCCAACAUGCAAAAGCUGCCUCCUUCAUAAUAAACCAGCUUUGCAUCUGCGAUCGCGGACUCACCGAGGAUAUCAUACUCCAAACACAUCAAAUUCUCACCUACAAGAUCGAUGCCGAUGAUAUGCCUUGGGAGGAAUACAGCGGUGUCUAUCGCACAGAGGCGGUUUCAGCCGGUCUUCACGAGUUUCCUCACCACACACUGGUCCCGUAUAAAAUGAAGAGCAUAAUCCGCGAGCUUCGUUCAGACCUUAACCAGGCCACCCGCGAUGGGCAAAUCGACCCCAUUGCCACUGCGGCAAAAUACACGCACAUGUUCGUGAAUAUUCAUCCGUUCAUCGACGGGAACGGCCGAAUGUGUCGUUUGAUACUGAACUCGCUCCUGUUGAAACUCGGGAGCUUCAUUGUGCCUAUUGGUGAGGACGAAGAGGAUCGCUCUUUAUACCUUGACGUCGCUGCGAAUGGGAGUGCAGCGGAGGACACUUACGGCGAUCUCGACGAAGAUGAGAAGCCGACAAUGCACGCAGAGCUCGGGAGUUUCAUCAUGUCUCACUUGAAAGGAAGCAUGGAAAAGCUGAUGAAGGCUUUGCGCAAGUGA